ACAAUCUCUUUAUGGCGUCUGUUUGGGAGAGCUACAUUGUGGAGUGGUUUGGUUUCAAAGCACAACCAACAAAGACAGUCAAACAUGGCCGCUGAGGGGGCUACAAGAGGUUCAAAAUGGCAGACGUAAUUAAUUAGCUAGCCGUAUUAUACAUUACGUGUCUCUAUAUUUGUGUUCAAUAUUCAGGUUUAAGGUCACUCAGCAGCAGCAACUUCCCUUCCCCCACCUUCUCUAGCGCUCUCUCUCCCUCUCCAUGUUGUAGUCGAAGGUCUCUCCACCACUGGCGUUCACAGCGCCUGCUUGCUGCUGCUGUCUCUUCCACUGUCCUCAGUGAACGGUGAACUCCUCCAUAGUAGCCCGCAGUCAGCGACGCACGAACUCGGCUUGUGUUAUUAUUAUUAUUAUUUCCACCUCUCCUUCCUUCCAACUGUACAGAGAGGGCCAGCGAGGUCGGAAUUUUGAAAUAUGACGCUGGGUAAAAUGGGAGGAAAGUCGUCGCUAGCUUGUUGAAGUUGGAGGAUCUCCUUGUGGAAGAGGAAGAGGCGGUGGCGGCGGACACGACCAGUUCACUCUUAUAAUCUUAAAAGGAGUGAGCCGAGCCUUCCAGCAGAUCCUCCUGUUUCUUUGGGCUAAAAUGAGUAUUACCAGUGACGAAGUGAACUUCUUGGUCUACAGAUACCUCCAAGAAUCAGGUUUCUCUCACUCAGCGUUCACCUUUGGCAUCGAGAGCCACAUCAGCCAAUCCAACAUUAAUGGAACAUUAGUGCCCCCUGCAGCACUCAUCUCCAUCCUGCAGAAAGGGCUCCAGUAUGUGGAGGCAGAGAUUAGCAUCAAUGAGGACGGCACGGUCUUCGACGGCCGGCCGAUCGAGUCGCUGUCGCUCAUCGACGCCGUGAUGCCCGAUGUGGUGCAGACGCGGCAGCAGGCUUUCCGUGACAAGCUGGCUCAGCAGCAGGCCGCGUGCACCAUGGCGGCUUCCACAUCUGGCAACCAGUCCAAUGCGCCAAAGAACGGUGACGCCACCGUCAACGGAGAGGAGAACGGCACCCACAACAUGAAUAACCAUUGUGAAUCCAUGGAGAUGGAUGUUGAUGUGGAGAUACCAGCCAGCAAAGCCACAGUGCUGCGAGGUCAUGAGUCGGAAGUGUUCAUCUGUGCCUGGAACCCCGUCAGUGAUCUGCUGGCUUCAGGUUCGGGGGACUCCACCGCCAGAAUCUGGAACCUCAACGAGAACAACAACUCCAACUCCACCCAGCUCGUGCUGCGCCACUGUAUCCGAGAAGGUGGGCAGGAUGUCCCCAGCAACAAAGACGUCACCUCACUAGACUGGAAUAGCGACGGGACGCUCCUGGCGACGGGCUCGUACGACGGCUUCGCCAGGAUAUGGACAAAAGACGGAAAUCUGGCUAGCACCUUGGGACAGCACAAGGGGCCCAUAUUUGCACUCAAGUGGAACAAGAAGGGGAACUCCAUUCUCAGUGCUGGCGUAGAUAAGACGACAAUCAUUUGGGACGCGCACACAGGAGAAGCAAAGCAGCAGUUCCCCUUCCACUCAGCUCCAGCUCUCGACGUCGACUGGCAGAACAACACCACCUUUGCCUCCUGCAGCACGGACAUGUGCAUCCACGUAUGUCGUCUAGGAAGCGACCGGCCGCUCAAGACUUUCCAGGGUCACACGAACGAAGUUAACGCCAUUAAGUGGGAUCCGUCGGGAAUGCUACUCGCGUCCUGCUCCGACGACAUGACCUUAAAGAUUUGGAGUAUGAAGCAGGAAUCGUGCGUCCAUGACCUGCAGGCUCACAGUAAAGAGAUCUACACCAUCAAGUGGAGCCCGACCGGGCCCGGCACAAGCAAUCCCAACUCCAACAUCAUGCUCGCCAGCGCAUCGUUCGACUCGACAGUACGGCUGUGGGACGUGGAGCGAGGGGUGUGCAUCCACACGCUGACCAAGCACCAAGAGCCCGUCUACAGCGUGGCCUUCAGCCCGGAUGGCAAACACCUCGCCAGCGGCUCCUUCGACAAGUGUGUCCACAUUUGGAACACCACGACCGGGGCUUUGGUGCACAGCUACAGGGGAACUGGUGGAAUAUUUGAAGUGUGCUGGAAUAGCACUGGGGACAAAGUCGGGGCCAGUGCAUCAGACGGCUCGGUAUGUGUUCUGGAUCUCCGAAAAUAGCAGACUUUGGACGGCGUAUCCUGGAAUGUGCAAACUGCCUUCUUUAGACAUCAGCAAACACUCUCAUUGCUCCCGGGAGGGGGCGUGGCAGGUAGGGCAGAGUCCAACAAAGAAAAAAAACAAACCCUCACAGACAAGAGGAGCGAACCACCACGAGGGGAGGGGGGGGAAGAGGCGGUGCACCUUAUAAGCUGGCAGACCGAAGGCACCCCUUUGAGACCGACAGGAAGCCAGGGAAAGACAUCCACAAGACUGGACUGACUCCAACUCCCCGCGGGCGCCGUUUUUACGAGGUUUCUAAUGAGGAAGCACUGCAUUUUUUUUUUCUUCCCUCCUCCUCCCCCCUCUCUUUUCCCGCUCCCUCCCUUGCGGGCCUCUGCGGUCCAGCUGUUUGGAAGGACGCAUGAGUUACAGAGAGACACACGCCAAAAAGGCAGCAAAUCACGGAGGAGAGAGACUUGCGGUGAUGGAGGAUGGCUUGUUGUAAGACCCCCGCCCAUCUCCCCUCGACACCCAUAAAAUAAAAAGGUGGCUGCACUUUUUAAACACAAGAUUCCACCCAAAAAAAAAAUUCCCAAACUGGCCCAGUUUUCUCAUUAAUUGGAAAAAAAUAUGUAAAAAAAAAAACAAAAAAAAAAGUGUGGUUUACAUAGAUUUUUUUUGCCCUUUUUUGGAUGUAAAUGUAAAGAAUGUAAAGAUAUGUAAAUUAGAUUAAUACACAGACUUAUAUACUGUGUAUAUAUGUUUAUAUACAGUACACCUUAUUGACGUCACGUUAGGGGCUGACGGGCCGUGGCGAGGCCUCCUUUUUAACAAAAUGUUUUUUCCAGUCCAGGCACAAACGUAUCAGUCGCUCACUUGCCCCCCCCCCCCACUUUUUUUUUUUUUUUUUUUU